CAAAAAAAAAAAUUAACAUUAUAUAUAGAUAUAUUUUAACGAUUCGUUUCAAAGAGUAUUGAUGAAUAGUAGUAAUUAUACAUAACCAUCAUAGCUUAAAUAUACGUAAUUGAGAACUUAAAUUAGAGAUUGUGUUAAUUCCAAAGUAAUACCGAUAAGUAGAAAGGAAAAACAUAGAAUAUUAUAUCAAACAUUUUCCCUACCAUAUCUAUAUUACCCCCGUAAGUAAAUAUGUAUUAAUACAACUAUACAAGUAUAAUUACACUUUAAAAAAAAAAAAAAAAAAAAACCUGACUUAAUACAUACGAAGUAUAUGAUAUAUCUACUUGUAUUCAAUACACUCGUUGCAGCCACGAGAAUAACCUAGUAACAAGUACACAAUAAGAACAUGUAAAUGGUCCAAGUUGAGCACAACACCACAAUUAAAUUAGUGAAAGAGAACAUGAGUUACAUGACUAGGAGUGGGAGCUACGAAAGGGAUAACUAAGAUGAAUUGAUGAUGAUGAGAACAUUAACAUACAAGUAUUCAUAAUAAAUAAAAGUAAUACUCAAAAAUCGGAAAUUCCUUGAAAAAUAUUCCAUUGAACAGUACCCCAUUUGUUUUCUCGUAUUCCAACCCAUUCCCUCUGCAGAAAUUUCCAAAAACUAAAUAUAACAAAAUACCCACCAACACCUAUUCAUUUAUACCUCCUCUUUUUCUUUCUCUGUUAGUUACUCUUUUAAUUUGUUCACCUCAACUUUUCUGAAUCCUUAAAUACACCUUUCUCUCUAUUCAAACCUUUCAUCAUCCUCUGCAAUUCGUUUCCUCUGUUAAAAUAUUUAUUACUCCGUAUACUUACAUUUAUAAAUAUUAUUAAUAUCACAAAAAAAUUUAAAGAAAGCUAAAAACUCCUUUCUUUUUCUUGGAGUUUUUAAAAACCCAUGCAAAUCAUAAGGCACUCAUGAUCUAAUUAUCAUCUAUCCUAAGUUAUUAUACCAACUAACCACUCCUUUUUAGCGUUGUGUCAAUUUUUUUUUUGGUUCUUUCAUUGAUUUUUAAGAUCUGUGUUGAUAUGAACAUGGAUCUCUCACUUCAAAUCAGCCCGCCUUCAAUUUCUCUAACAGCCGACGAUGACUCGGCUGUUAUGAAGGCGGUCACCUUUUACAGUGACCGGAGCGCCACGACUACGGAGUCGGGGAGUAGUAGUGCAGGUAGUGAGAUGAACUGUCGUGAGAUAACCGAUGACAAUAAUAAUAUCAGUAGUAGUAGUGUUGGGUUGGGUUUAGGUAAUGAUCAGCCUAUUUUGAGCUUAGGGUUUGAUCAUAUGAGUCAUUUUAAUGGUUUGAGUAUGUCAUCAUUUAGAGGGUAUAGUGGUAAUAAUAAUAAUAAUAAUAGUAGUAGUAAUUCUUAUAAUCAUCAUCAUCUUCACCACCAACUUAAUCAUCAUCAGCCUCAAAUCUAUGGCCGGGAAUUCAAAAGAAACUCGAGGAUAGCGACGUCGAUUUGUGGUGUUAAGAGGAGUGUUAGAGCUCCUAGGAUGAGAUGGACUACUACUCUUCAUGCUCAUUUUGUUCAUGCUGUUCAAUUACUUGGUGGCCAUGAAAGAGCUACGCCAAAAUCGGUGCUCGAACUGAUGAAUGUGAAGGAUUUAACCCUAGCCCAUGUCAAGAGUCAUUUACAGAUGUAUAGAACAGUGAAGAGCACUGACAAAGCCACAUUAUCAUCAUCAGGUCUAACAUUACAUGAGGGAGACAUAAUGGGCUCAAACCAAAGGUCAGGGAUGAUUGAUGAUCAAGAAGGAAUAAUAGAGAGAGGAUUUUCUCGUGAAAAAGCUGAUUCCAAUCCUUCUUAUUCUCUCAACCCAUCAUCUCCUCCCCCUACAACAAAUUUAGGUUCAUGGUUAUCAUCCUUAGACGCAGACGACAGAACUCCCUUGAUGAACAGCCUAUAUUCUCAAACUCAGGUGGAUGGUUGUAAUAAUGGGGUGAAAUUAUCAAACAUGGAGCAAGAAAGGAUUGGAUCAUCUGCCUGUUUUUCACCAGCUGAUCAUAGUUUGCUGAAUUUAGAGUUCACUUUAGGACGGCCGAGUUCGAACGAGAAUAAUCUACUUAAGUGUUAAGAUCAAAUGAUGAUGGGUUAGCUAGCUAAGCAAGAAUUCUCAUAUUUAGUUGGUAGUUCUUGUUAUAAACGGAACUGCGGGAACAAAAACAGUAAGAACAAAGUUACCGAAAAUUAGAUUGAGUCGCGGACUAUGUCGCUUUCUUUAGAACAUUCACGGCACUGCCCUGAAAAUGUGCAAGCAUUUCGUACUAAACCGGAUGUUCCCCAGGAUAAAACAGCCUUUCUCUAUUGUAAUUAUACCGGUGGAACUGCACAAAACCACCGGGCAACUAAACACCAAAAAGAAAAGAAACUGCUCGAGGGUUUUGUUUUUGUGAGGAAAAAUAGAGAGGAGAAGAAGAUU